AUGGCUCAUUGGUCGCUCCCCGCUGUUGAACCCUUUCCCUGCGCUCUUCAAGGGUCCGCGCACUCCCGCAGCGCGGUCCGAAAGCGCGCCGAGUCCCGUCGUCGCGACAGCUACUACCCGUCGCGCGUUGCUCUGCUCGCCUCGUUCCUCCUGCUUCGUCUCCCCACUUCCUUCGCCGUCCUCAUUGACUCCUCACAAGUCCCCCCGCUGCUGGAGAUGCAGGCGGGGUGGGGGGUGAGCCUCAACGAGUGGCGCGCCAAUGGCAACUGUGAUGCUGCCACGGGGCUGGCAUGUGACGAUGGCGGGUUUGUUGUGAGCAUGACUCUCACAGCGGAGCAAGUGCCGGCGGGGCUGCCAGGACCCUUCCCCACGGCCAUUGGCAGUCUUACCCACCUCACUGAACUCUCACUGACAGACAGCAUGCUCACGGGCUCCAUUCCUGCCUUCCUCUCCGCACUCACACAGCUCACAGAGCUGGCCAUGUAUAACGGUGCCUUCAAUGGGGUCAUACCUGAUACAAUCACAUCCCUCACUGCCCUGCAACGCCUCCCAGCAGCGCCUGCAUUGUUUUUCACACUUUCAGGUGCCGUUACAGAUGUGGGUACACCUUUGUUUCUUCCCCUGUCUCUCCUCCCCUUUCUCUCGUCCCCUGAAUCUCUUCCCAUGCACCCCUACAGCAUGUUAGCUCACAACAACUUCACAGGCAGCAUUCCCAGCGGCCUCAGUGCACUCAACAGCCUCGAGUACCUGUGA